AUAAUAAUAAUAAUAAUAACCACUGCUCACGAACCCCCGAGUCCUCCAGAGCCGGGUCCGUGACAGACAGACAAGUUAAAAACAGUACCCGCUCCAGUAUUGCUCGUAAUAAAGAUACUUCUACUCUAGCAAGUUCCCUAAAUGUUACCAUCCCAGCAGGACAAACAAGGAAAUUCACCAUAUGAAACCCAGUGACCUAUUUUCAUAUCUAGGUGUGUCUGUGAUUAUGACAUGCCAAUGGAGGUUACAGGGACUUACAGGAAAGCGAAACAGAAAAAAAAAACCCUGGGAGAUUAAUGCUUUCUCAGGAAUGUGGUCUAUGGAGACGUAAGAUAUAGAGGACUUGUAUAAAACAUAUUGUAGGUAUUGUAGGUAAAAUGCCAUUAUUGUACUUUAUAAUCAGAUCAAAGGGAGAGAAAACAUCAAAAUAAGAAGUUGGCCUUCUGAGGGAUUUGAAUAUGGAAUUAGUGGAAAAGAAGGUAAGGAAUCCCAGUGUGCUUAAAUUGUGUUAUGUGUAAAAACUCUGUCUUAACUAGCCAACAAACAAUCUGGGUCAUGUUUAUGGGGGACAGUGUCAGACAUGAAACUAAUGCUGAGAGGUCAGUAAAAAGAGUAGAAACUUUCUUUCACAAAGUAAGAGAUUAGGCAUGUAUCAUGUGAAGGAUAAAUAUAUUCUAUUUGUAUGUAAUUUCUCUAAUUACCUCAAUGAAUAACAAUAAACAUAGCUCAUUUAUGAUCUUACAAUCAUUCUUUGUCACUUCCAUAUCUACACCAUGCAAUAAUAAAAACAAAGUAGUAGCUCCCAAGGUUUUACUAUGGCUACACUUGCGUUUCUUUCUGGUAGUUCCCCCACCGGAUAAAAACUACAUUUGGGAAACGGGUCUAUCCUGCUGGGUUGGAUAGACACCAUCCCAGCAGGUUAUUUCAUAAACUAACCUGUUGCCGUGGUGACAUCCUGUCACAACGCCAUGCUCACUUCCGUGUCCUUUUUACAAUGACACAAGAACAAUUUCUUUCAAAAAUGUUUGUAAAGGCAGACUUCAUGGCUAGGCGCUUGAUUUUAUACACCUGUGGCAAUGAGACUGAAAACACCAGAAUUUAAAGAUUAAGAAGGGUGGCCCAAUAAAGGUGAAUGUAAAGUGAAGGUAAAGGGAUCGUCCACAUCCAAAGACAGAAAAACAAACAGAAGAUAAAGUUCAUGGUAUUUCAUGAUUUGUGGUUAUAACCAGUCACUGCCAGUACCACAGUCAGCAAAAUGCUUUGCAGUUUCAGUCUAGCUUUAACUUGGACUUGUUUCCGCUCUAUAAAAGGGGAGGGUUGUUUGGUUUUGCACUUCCUUUAUAAAGUGCAAAACCAAACACACUUCCGUGUAAAGAACCUGAUCAAAAUUUUUACUAAAGAUUUCUUGAAGGAGAAGCAGUUCAAACUGGAAGAAGAGUUUCACUGAGUCAUGUGCACUCAUUGGCCAGAGGCUUCAAUCAUGGGAGGGAAAAGGAACACAAUGUUCUUGGAAAGCAGUGACGAGGAGGAGCAGCUAGGAGCUACUAAACUUGAGGAACUAAUAAGGCAAAUAUCAGAAAAGAGAGUCAAGCUCCCAGCAGAUUUAAGGACUUUUAUCAAAUCCAGCCGUGCCAUCUCCAAGUACCAGACUCUCUUUCAAAACUUUAGACAUCCUGUUUUCAUAGAAGUGGGAUCAGAUCUGGUUCUGUCUAGUUUGUCCUCUGCUGACCUGGAUGAGGCUCUGGCAGCUGUGGUGAACGAUCUGAGUGUGGAGAUUGUGAAGCUGCAGGGAAAUGCAGCGGUAUCUCCAGAUCUUGACAGGAUGAAAGAAGUCCUGAUGAAAGCCAAGAACAAAGAAAACUUUCAUGAGCUCAAAGUGGAUAUCAGCUUUGUCCCAGGAUCUAAUGGAUCUGCCGCAACCAAAGUAAGACUGGUGGGCUACAGUGAAAAUGUGAGCAAGCUCACUGAUGUUCUUCACGACUUCCAGUUGAAUCAAGUUACAACUCAAGAAAAAAUCUCUCUGCUUCAUCCUGAAAUGGUUGACUGUUUUCAUAAAAUCUUAGACCUGACUGGCAUGAAACAGACCAAGGUUCCUUUAAGAGCCUCACAUGUUCCAAAUCCACAUGUGUCUCUAUCUGGACCCCGAUGCCAGGUUCAGGAGGCCAAACAGGCCCUAACGUCAGCUCUAACCAGUCUGACAAUAGAAACUUUGGGUCUGGAUGGAGCAGGGGCUCAGCGGUACUUCAAGACUCAGGGUAAAGUGAGUAGAGAGCUGGUAGAGAACUCCUGUUGUGUCAUCAUCCAAGAAAAGCAAACUGUAGUCACCCCAAAUGUGAGCACAAAAGCAUAUGCCAGCAACACACUUACUAUCACACCCCAAACUUUGAUUACUGGAAGGUCCAUGAGGACUAUGGAUACCACAACAAUCCCAUAUGUUGAUGUUAGCAGUUUGGUUCAACAGGUUUACGGUGCCUCCUACAAAAACAACUUGAGCAUGAAACGGGAAAACCAAGACCUAAGUGUCCUCUGUACUACUCAUCAGCGGUCCAUCUUCCUGUUCCUGGGCCUUGGUAAAAAGAGUGUCCAUGAUGCAAUGAAGAAGGUAAAAGAUUUGUACCAGGCUCACUGCUCCACAAAAAAAAUGACAAAGGAGGAGUUGGCAGACUUCACCCAGGAUGAAAUAAAGGAUCUGCAGAAGCUAGUGGAGGCCCAGGGUUUGCAUGUACAGCAGGACCAGAGUGGAGAUGGAGGCUUGGUAGUCAGCGGGUUAAAAGAUGGGGUCACCGAGCUGAUACAGAUGCUUCACGCUGCUGCUCGUCUACGGAGAGAAGUCAGAGUUAGGGAGGAGGAUAAUUUGUACCAUUGUGUGGCGUGGUGCAUCCUGGGAUAUGAUGGUAGCUGGGAAAGGCUCCCCAAAACAGAUAAUUAUAACCUAGAGCAUGAUAUGAAGAAAGAGAUAGUGGACACACACGGAAACGUGUGGAGCGUGGAUCUGCAGAAGAUGGAAGCCAGAAGUCUGUUAGCUAGAAAAACCAAGCUAAAACGACUGGAGAAUCACUCAGACUUUACUCUUCCUUUGUACUGGGACAAUAUGGCUAGUGGUGAAAAUCUAAAAGUGGUUGCAUUGGAGCCUUCCUCUUCAGAGUACCUCAAAGUAAAGGCGGCCUUCACGCAAACAGUUCAGAAGAAUAUAUUGAAAAUUGAACGCUUGCAGAAUGUCCAUUUGCGGCAAAGCUAUGAAGUGCAAAAGAAGAAGCUUUCUGAAAAGAACAGACGGGAAGGGGGAGCACGUGAAAGGCUUCUAUAUCACGGGACGAGUCAGGACAGCUGUGAGUCCAUCAUAAGAAAUGGAUUCAACAGGAGUUUUUCUGGGAAACAUGCAACCUUAUUUGGUCAGGGGACCUACUUUGCUGUCAGUGGCAGCUAUUCAGCCAACCCCGGCUAUUCAAUGCCAGCUGCUGAUGGUUCUCAGAGAGUAUUUGUGGCCCGAGUCCUCACUGGUGUUUACACUCAGGGCAACAGCAGCAUGAAGGUGCCUCCGCCUCGCAGCAAUCAGCCCAAUGACCGUUAUGAUUGUUUGGUGGACCAAAUAGCAAAUCCAAGCAUGUUUAUUAUUUUCAAUGAUAACCAGGCAUAUCCAGAUUACCUCAUUACCUUCUGUUAGUGCUUCAUCGUGGGGAACAUUUCCUAUACAGCUAAUACAUUUUCAACACAGCAUUACCAUCAGUAACUUGAAUAGUCAGGCCCCAUCUUAUGUUAAAGACCUCAUACUACCGCAUCACCUCUAUAGAGCACUUUGCUCUCAGACUGCAGGCUUACUUUUGGUUCUUGGGAUAUUUAAAAUAGUGUGGGUUAAGAUUAGGCUUAAAACCUCAAUUUUUGAUAAAGCACAUGUUUAGUGCAGAUAACCCUCAAUCCUCCUUUAGUUACGCUUUAGUUUUUCCUUCCCACUCUCGGUCAGCACUGUCAGCACUUGCUCAUAGCACUUGUCUGAUGUUUGUGUGUUUUUCUUUAUAUCUGCAUUAUUAUUGUCUUUAUUUUACGAUGUGAAAUGUCGACCUUUGUGAU